AUGGUUAACACUAUUUCUAUAUUUGAACAUCCCCUGGUUUUAUGGUUGUGGGGUACUCAACCCCCAUCCAGGAAUUCUACUAAAAAAGAAUUGAAAAAACAGCCAAAGAUCCAGCCUUCUACGGACAGGUAAGGGAAUAGCUGCUACAGCUAUCAUAAUAGAUAGGGUUAUUAAAAGAUGGUGGUCAGAGUAAGUUAGAGAUUGGAAUAAAGGAUGGUUUGUUAAUAGGCAUCAUCUCUAUAAAUAACAUAGCUUUCCUGUACAUUUAAUAGUGCCAUCUUGAAAUUAAUGGGAGUAAUAUAAGGGUUAAAAUCCUUAAUAUGUGAAUUGAAUUUUCAUCUGUUAAGAAGAGUACCUAUCAGAUAAGCUAAAACAAGCAAACCAAUGAAUGUGUGUGGCGUAGUCCAUUUGUAGUGAUAAAAUUUGAAAUAAAAUAAGCAGGCAUGAUAAACAGGGGUGCAAAAAAAAAAAAGUUAAAUAUGUAGGAAUAAAGGUGUUUUGAGACCCUGAUCAGACAGCACCAUCCUGGGAUGAAAUGCAGGAUGACAUUAAUUUGAGAAAUCAAAGUUAAUUAGUUAACCACACAAAUAAUAAUUUAAAACGUCACUUUUAAUAAGUCAAUUAAAAGUCCCUUUCUAGUGGGGACACUAAACACACACUAUCACACAAAAAUAAUUAAACACAAAAUAACAAUAAUAAUAAAGAUGAUAAACAAAAAAUAAUAAUAAUUGAUAACUAGAUGAUUUCACUAAAAGGAAAUUGUAUAGUUAGGUACCUUCUAUGGACAUAACAGCCCCUUGAAUAAAGUCCUAUAGUAUAAUUAUCUUAAAUCACAUAAGUGAAUUUAUGUAUAAAGUUUUCCACUUAUUGUCAAAUAGGUACAUGUAAGGUUAGAUGAAUCUAUGCGCUAGUGUAUUAUAGGCAGGUAAUUAUUCUGGAUGAAGGAUAAUAUCCCCUAGAUAUUCUAGAAUUUCUAUUAGCUUUACAUUCCCCUCGGUGUUAAUUCACCCAUUUACUAAUUUGUUACCAUUCACACAGUUAAACUAAAGGACCAAAUAUAACAUUUAUUGCUUGUUAUUGUAGCUGUAAUUUACUAUUAUGGUUACUGUACGGUCUGAAGUUAAAGUACAGGGAAUCUCCUGUUUGUUAAAUGUUCACUUAUCUCAAUUCCCAAGACCCCACCGGAAGAAAUAAGUUAAACGUGCACUAUCUAUAUCCCGACCUCGUUGGCUACAAACUAAUGUAGAUCAUAGAGUAACCCAUUUGUGUUGUAUCAUAAAAGGAAGGAGAAGGGGGAAAGAACAAAAGAUUCUUACAUGCUCUCCCUGUUGUGCCUUCAAGGGCACCUUCUGUCAAUGGAACAUAUCCUCACUAUCCCUAGCCUAUUAAUACCCCAAAUACCGGCCCCCCCACGUCAAUGGUAUAGCAAGGGGAGACGGCUUGUUGGAGAAAUGAAUGCCCUUAUUAAGAACUCCUCUAAUAUACGGGAGAUUUUAUGAUUAAUCAGAUAGUAGAUAAAUCUGCUUUAGCAUCUCAUAGAUUGGCAAUCUUAAUGCCGUACUCAUCUAUUCCCUACAGCACCCUAAACGCCCUGAUGCGCGUUUCGCCUGUCAGCUCAUCAGAGGGAAACCGGGAACCUCACUUUCCCGGAGAUACACCCUUAAAAACCGGGAAAGGCUCCUCUUCUCUCCUCUUUUCUUCCUUUUUUCUAAUUCAAAACACAAAUAAUAAUGCAUAAUAUAUAAUGGCUUCUUUUACCAUCUCCUAAACACACUCGGUUAUUCCAGAAAUAGAAUUUCAAAUGUAUGAAAUAUUAAAAUUCAUUAAUCACUUUUUCUUUCCUAAAUAGGCUUAAAGCUGAGCCCCAGAUAUUACCCCAGGUAUCACCUAAUCUGGAUAUUUGUCCAGAUCCUGAGAAGGGUAAGAAAUGGGAGCCAUGGAAGCAGAAAGGUGGGCUUGUGAAAGAAACUCGAAAAAUGUACCGACAUGGCAGAAAGAGUCUUCGCUUUCCCCCUUCUGUUACAUCUAAAUUUGCAGAGCUUGAUGAAAGGUAAAUACUGUAUGAUCAUAAUAAUCAAUGGGGGAGGGGGGAAUCUUGUGCUUAUUUUCUGUUGUUGAUGUUUUGUUUUAACAAAUUUACAUGUUAACCUCUAAACUGCUGUGAGAAUUAGCCUGAACAUUUUGUGUUUUGUGUUUUUCUUUAAAAGCUUUAGACGUACCUUUGUCAGCUAUGGAAUAGAGCAUAAGAUUCCCGAAGUACCAUACUAUAUUCGGGUGACUCCAACAAAAACCAACAAACUGAAGACAUCUGCUCGGCUACCUGGGUAAGUGUAUCAUGAGACACAGAAUAACUGACCACAAUGCUAUUAGGACAUCCAAAUGAAACUGCACUGUCCUCAGUAAGCCAAUACCCUGGUUCCCUCACUGGCUGUCUGUGUACACAGAAAACCAAUGAGAGAAAAAACUCAGACAGAGAAAGAUAUCAAUGCUCUUUCUGAACCAACAUUUCCUAAAAACACUCAGUUAUUCCAGAAAUAUAUCAUCCACUGUGUGAAAUAUGAAACUUCACUAAUCACUUUUUCUUUCUUAAAUAGGAUACCUCUUAAAGCAGAGCCCCAGAUAUUACCCCAGGUUUCAGCUAAUCUGGAUGUUUGUCUAGAUCCUGAGAAGGGUAAGAAAUGGGAGCCACGGAAGCAGAAAGGUGGGCUUGUGGAAGAAACUCGAAAAAGUUACCAACAUGGCAUAAAGAGACUUUGCUUUCCCCCUUCUGUUACAUCUAAAUUUGCAGAGCUUGAUGAAAGGUAAAUACUGUAUUAUCAAAUAAAUCAAUGGGGGAAUCUUGUGCAUUUUUCUAUUGUUGAUAUUUUGUUUUAACAAAUUUACAUUUUAACCUCUACGAUGGGUGAUAUAAGAAGUAGACUGACCAUUUUGUGUUUUGCAUUUUUCUUUAAAACCUUUAGACAUACCUAUGUCAGCUUUGGAAAACAGGAUAAGAUUCCCGAAGUACCAUACUAUAUUCGGGUGACUCCAACAAGAACCAACAAACUAAAGAUGUCUGCUCGGCUACCUAGGUAAGUGUAUCAUGAGACACAGAAUGAUUGACCACAAUGCUAUUAGGACAUCCAAAUGAAACUGCACUGUCCUCAGUAAGCCAAUACCCUGGUUCCCUCACUGGCUGGCUGUGUUCACAGAAAACCAAUGAGAGAAUAAAUACAGACAGAGAAACAUGUCAAUUCUCUUUCUGAACCAACAUCACAAAUCAGUGGGUAGUGCUACGGCAACGUAACUUACUAAGCAUUACCUAAUUUCCAUAAGGAAUACAUUUCAAAAUAAACAGUAGCUUUUAUGGUACGAAUAAACUACUGCAAUUGCUGUAACCAGAAUCGAAUAUACGAGACAAAUGAUCCGAUAGUGUCACUAUAAGCUGUCACAAGUCUAGAGGAUAUUCAUUGUCAUACGUCUACGACAGGGGUGGGGAACCUUCGGCCCUCCAGAUGUUCUGGACUACAUCUCCAUUGAUGCUUUGCCAGUAUUAUGGCUGUAAGAGCAUUAUAGGAGAUGCAGUCCAAAACAUCUGGAGAUUCCGAAGGCUCCCCACCCCUGGUCUACGGAGAGGUAAGUGGACAGCGGCUGCAGGUAUCAUAUUAAAUAGGGUUAUUAGAAGAUGGAGGUCAGAGUUCGAUAAAAAUUUGAAUAAAGGAUGGUUUGCUCAUGGGCAUCACCUCUAUAAAUAACAUAGCUUUCCUUUAGAUGUAACAGUUUCAUCUUAAAAUGAAUGGGAGUAAUAUACAGGUUAAAGUACUUAAAAUAUUAAUGAAUUUCAUCUUUUAGUUAUUUUUCACAACACACAAGAUAAAAAAUGAACUAAAAAAUGAAUGUGUGUAGCCUAGCCCAUUUGUAGUGAUUGAAAUUAAAUAAGCAGGCAUGGUAUACUGGGGUGGAAAAAAUAAAUAAAAUAUAUAGGAAUUAAAAAAGGUUUUUGAGGUCCUAAUCAGACAGCACCAACAGGGAUGAAAUGCAGGAUGAAAUUAGUCCAGACAUUUCAUAGAUUUUACAAAUCAAAUUGAAUUAUUUAACCUUUACAAUAUGACCCAAAUAAUAAUAAUGUACAAUAUAUAAUGGCUUCUUUUAUCAUCUCCGAAACACACUCAGUUAUUCCAGAAACAAAACAUCCAAUGUGUGAAAUAUGAAACUUCACUAAUCACUUUUUCUUUCCUAAAUAGGCUACCUCUUAAAGCUGAGCCCCAGAUAUUGCCCCAGAUAUCAUCAAAUCUGGAUGUUUGUCCAGAUCAUGUAAAGGGUAAGAAAGGGGAGCAAUGGAAACAGAAUGGUGGGUUUGUGGAAGAAAUUCUACACAAUUUCCAACAAGGCACAAAGAGACUUUGCCUUUCCCCUUCUGAUACAUCUAAAUUUGCAGAGCAUGAUGGAAGGUAAAUACUGUAUUAUCACAUUAAUCAAAAGGGGGGUGGUGAGGAGUGGGGGGUGGGUGGGAGGGGGAUUGUUGAUGUUUGUUUUAACAAAAUGAGAUUUAACCUCUAUGCUGGGUGCUGUAAUAAUUAGCCUGACCUUUGUUUUUUUGUGUGUUUUUCUUCAAAAGCUUUAGACAUAACAUUAAUGUCAGAUAUGGAAAAGAGGAGAAGAUUCCCGAAGUAGCAUGCUAUAUUCGGGUGACUCCAACAAAAACCAACAAACUAAUGACACGUGGUCAGCCACCUAGGUAAGUGUAUUAUGAAACACAGAAUGAUUGACCAUAUAUACAUACAUAUAUACAAAUAAAACUGCAGUGUCCUCAGUAAGCCAAUACCCUGGUUCUCUCACUGGCUGCCUGUGUACACAGAAAACCAAUGAGAGAAGAACCACAGAUAGAGAAACAUGUCACUGCUCUUUCUGAACCAACAUCACAAAUCACUGGGAAGUACUACGGCAAUGUAACUUACUAAGGAUGACCUAAUUUCCAUAAUGAAUGCUUUGUAAAAUAAACAGAAGCUUUUAUGGUACAAAAUAAACUACUGAAAUUGCUGUAACCAGAAUGUAUUAUAUGAAAUAUAAAUGAUAUAAUAGUGUCACUAUAGUUGUGCGAUAACUGAUAAAUACAAAGUGAUAGGUUGGCUGACAGACCAAAGUGAGAGGAUAGCUGAAGAGGAAUAAGAUAAGUGACAAAAUGGGCUGAUGGAUGGAAAGGGAGGAAAGGAUAGAAUUGUUACAAUUGUAUUUUGACUUUUCCUAUUUAAUUGCAGGAACCUAUUCCGUGUUACUAAAGUAAAGCCUACAUUACUUCCAAGACAAAACAUAGCAACUGAAAAGGCUGCAAGUGUCCCAGAAAAGGAAGUGGUCAAAAAAGGACCAGAAAAUGAAAAAGAUUCUGCUGAGUAUUAUAAACAGAAUACUAUUCUACAGCCUGAACUUGUCACAAGUCUAGAAGAUAUUCCUUGUCAUUUGCUGCAGUCUAUGUCUCUAGAGCCUACAGCUGUUGUCACAUGUUUAGAAAACUACAAUUCUCUAGAAUGCCCUGUUUGCACUAUUGAACCUCAUACAAAUAGAUUGACAGAGGAUAUGCCAGUGAACCUUAGUCAUCCACAGUCCACUUUCAGUUCAUCUAACCCUACAAAUCUAGAUUCACAGAACCCAGUCACAGGUCAUUGUCAUUUGCUGCAGUCUAUGUCUCUAGAACCUACAGAGGUUGUCAUGUGUUUAGAAGACAACAAUUCUCUCGAGUGCCCUUUUCGUACUAUCGAACCUCAUACAAGUGAAUUGACAGAUGAGUUGACAGUAAACCUUGAUCAGCCACAGUCCACGUUAAGUUGUCCAUCUGAGCCUACAAAUAUAGAUUCUCAGGACCCAGUCACAGUUGGUCCUUCAGUGCAGUCUAUGUCCCUAAAGGCUACAGAGGUUGUCACAUGUUUAGACACAUUUCUCUAG